UACUAGCGCCAGGUCAAACGAAGACCUCCCACAGAAGCCACACCUGACACCGAGUCCGACGCCAGCGCCACCUGGUGGAAGCAGUAAAGUAGGCAGCAACAGCAGCAGCAGCAGCACAGGUGGCACUAUGGGGAGCAGUGUGCCGACCACCACGAAUACCGUCACAUCACCCGCCACCAACGUGAACAGCUGUUCGUUAUCGUCAAAUGAGACGUACAGUGGCGGGGGGCGGCCGAAAUUGGUGAGCCAGACCUCGCUGAGUGGCAGCACCGUGGUUGGAAGUGGUUUGCAUGGCUGUGGGGGUCUUAUCAGCCUAGCUGGCAGCGGGGGUGGGUGCAACAGUGCCCAGCGUCAACAGGUACAGAGGCAACGCUCGUUUAAGCGUUCAGACGACGAGCUGAUCAAGAGGUCGCGAGUGCACUCCAGCUCAUAUGAACUUUCGCAAGACUUACAGGAGAAGCAGCUGGAGAUGCUGGAGAGGAAGUACGGAGGCACGAUCCGUUCGAGGCGCGCGGCACGUGUGAUUCAGCGCGCUUUCCGCAAAUACUGCAUGAAUAAGAACUUUGAGAAGUUGCGCAAUUCCGUUGGUGAGCGCCGGUUGUCGAAACGGCUGUCGGAACUGGGUCGCAGCAACACCGUCUGGACGGACAGAAUCAGCUGUGAGAUGAUGCAGUAUACCACGACGACGACAGCAGCCACGGGUGGCACGGUGGGUGGGAUCGCAGCUGGCUGCGACGGGUUGCAGAAUUAUGGCGUGGGCGGCGUAGCGUUGACGAUGGCGGAGAGCAAACAGAAGCUGUUGGACCACGAGAAAUCGGAGAGCGUGCGGAAGCGAAUCGCGGAGAUUGAGGCGCGGAAGAACCUCGACAACCGACUGCAUCAUCACCACCACCCUCAGCAGCAGCAGCAGACCCAGCAAUAUCACCAGAUGUCACUGGAUGCCUCUCUGAAGGUGGAGGGCCUGAGGAGGACCGCACAGCAGCGCAAGGAGAAGCGCCGGCUGGAGAGGUCGGCCGAGAUCGACCUCAGCUGUAUUCCCAGUGAGAACGUGAUGGAGGAGGAGGAGGAAGAAGAGGAGGAGGAGGAGGUGGAGGAGGAAGCGUACGAGAGGCGAGACGAGAACGAGAUCACGGCGAAGAGCGGCGGCGACGGUGAUGAGAAGGCGGUGACGGGGUCGGAGAAGAAGGGAGACAACAGCAGCAGCAAGAACAAGGGGCAGCAGCAAGGGAGCAACAGUACGUGCUGUGGCGUCGUUGCCGGGGUUGUAGUCGGUGGCAACAGCAACAACCGGCGACAGGCGACGAACGCAGGCCAGAGCCCCGUCUCUUCUUCCUCUUCGACGCCGAUAACGGCAUCAAGCACGACGAACGUGAUGCAGCAGCAGGAGCCGAAUAACAAUCGCAACUCCUACCCCGAGCUAAACGACAGCAGUGCGAGUGAUUCCCCGCAGGCGACCCCUGUUGAGAGCGCGGUCGACCUGCACAGCCUGGAUUUUGAGAAUCUUCUGGAGAGCAAAGAGACGGACAUUUUGAGCGAUAGUUUCCAUAGCGACAGCGUGCAUAGCGACGGCAGCAAUCAGGAAGCUGGUUCGUUGAUCGGCCAUCAUCACAAACCGGCCGUCCUGUCAUCCCUGUCGUCCGUCGAUCAACUCGACCCGCGCCUGCACGCCACCAAGGACGGCCACGGCGGCUCGUGCGACAGCAUGGGCCGGCUCUAUCCGGAGUCCGGCUUUGCAGCAGAGCUGCCGCCGGAGGUUCAAAUCAAGGUUGAUCUAGCGUCCCCCGAGGACACGGGACUCGGGGACAGGAAGACGCUCAGUGAAGAAUCGAUAAAGUUUUAUGUGAAUUCGAAAGUGAAACUGCGCGGCACGGGUAGCGGCGGUAGUAGUGGUGGUGGCGGUGGUGGUGGUGUGAACAGCGGAGGUAAUGGUGGUGGUGGGGGAGCCGGAAAUGUUUCCAGUGUGCGGGAACUGAAGGACAAGAAGGUGUUGGGUGGCGUGCCACCACAAGUGACCCCCGGUGUCGCUCCCCCUCCUCACCACCACCACCAACACCACCACCAUCAUCAUUCACAUCGGUGUGGCCCGGAGGCGUCGCCGAUCUGGAAGCGGAAGAGCGCGACGGGCGUGCUCGGCGGCUCCGGGUCGGGUGCCGCGGCCGCGCCGCCUUCGGCGCCCACCGUCGCGGCCGUGGCUGCAGCGGCGGCGGCCGGCGGUGUGGGGGUGGUGGGGGGCUGCACGGCGGCCAUGUCGGCGAUGAUGAACAAGGGGGGCGGUGGUGGGGGAGGCGGCGGAGAGGUGAAGCGGAUGAGCAACAUCUCGGAGACGAGUGAACCGGAGAGCGUGGACGGGCAGUGCUCCAGCUCGCCCAGUUCGGACAAUGUGAGUUCGGAGAACAUUAGCAUAGGCAGCGAAAACAGUAUCAGUUACCAGCGGAAAAUCCGGAUUAGUGUGACCCCGGACCAGCACGUCACCUCCCGCAUCGGAGACAAGGAACGGAAACGACUCUACAGGAUAGGAUUGAAUCUAUUCAACAAAAAACCAGAAAAGGGGCUACGGUUCCUCAUUGAGCAUGGUUUUGUCGACCAUUUACCGGCAAAUAUUGCCAAAUUCCUGCUUACACGCAAAGGACUCAGCAAACAGAUGAUUGGAGAGUACCUAGGAAAUUUGCAGAAUCCAUUAAACCAAGAAGUUUUAGAUUAUUUUGCUGAAGAAAUCGAUCUCUCUGGACUCCAAGUUGACGUGGCACUUCGCAAGUUUCAGUCUUCUUUCAGGAUGCCCGGUGAAGCACAGAAAAUUGAAAAAUUAAUGGAAGCAUUUGCCCACCGCUACUGUAUAUGUAACCCCGACCAAAUCAAGAACUUCCGUAACCCCGACACCAUCUUCCUGCUGGCCUUUGCCAUAAUCAUGCUCAACACGGACCUUCACAACUCCAACAUCAAGAGUGACAAACGCAUGAAGCUGGAGGACUUUAUCAAGAACCUCCGAGGGAUCGAUGAGACAGAUGACAUAGAUAGGGAUUUACUAAGAGGGAUCUACGAGAGGAUCCGGGUACAGGAUUUCCAACCUGGGGUGGAUCACCAAUCACAAGUGAUGAAAGUGGAGCAGACUAUCGUCGGAAAGAAACCGCAAUUGGCGUUACCGCACCGGCGGCUAGUAUGUUAUUGCCGACUUUACGAGAUCCAUGACCCUUACAAGAAAGAGAAGAUUGGUCUGCAUCAGCGGGAAGUCUUUCUUUUUAAUGAUAUUAUUCUGAUUACCAAAAUAUUUAGUAAGAAAAAAACAGGUAUCACUUACUCCUUCAAGCAGUAUUUCUCACUGUACGGCAUGCAGGCGUAUCUGUUUGAGACCUCACAUUAUCAAUACGGAAUUAGGUUGUCAAGCAAUGGUAAAGUCCUUAUCACGUUUAACGCUCGGAACGACCACGAUCGGCAGAAGUUUGUCGAAGACCUCAAAGAAGCUAUCCUUGAGACGACCGGAUUAGAGAGUUUGCGUAUUGAGGAGGAGUUACAACGGCACCGUGCCACUCGGAACACAAUCGACGACGACUCGCGAGUGCUGAUCUAUGAUGUGCUGAAACCGUCGGAGCCCGCGGUAAAUAGACUAUCUGCUCCUGAGUGUGGUAUCAAGAAGUCUUCUUUGUCAAGUUCUCUACUAGAUAUUUGUGAAGGUCAAGGGCUGAAACGAGAAGACAGCGGUGGUGGAGGAUCAACAGACAGCGGUGUGAUUCGUUUUGCCGGGGUCAAAGUUCAUAUCUCCCAGUCUCACCUGGGACAGAGUAGUCCUCAUCCUCCUCCACUUCAUCCUCAUCAUCAUCUAACCCAGGCCUCGGUUGGCACCGCGAACACCCCCUGUUGUGACGAUCCCGUAACUCUACAACACCAGCACUACCACCAACAACAACAACAACAACAACAGCAGCAAGUCAUAUCAUCCAAAAACAACAACGGUCCCACCACGACCACCACUAGCGCCACCUCAUCUUGUGCGAAGGCUGCAGGCGGCCGCAAAUACCGCACUCUUCCCCCACACCACCACACGGCCAGUGGGGGCGCCGGGAGUGGCAUUGUCAUCUUCAGCAAGUCCCACACUCAGACUCUCCAUCAUCAUCAUCAACAGCAGCAGCAGCAGCAACAGAAGAAGAGACAGCAGCAGGCGAAGCGUGGCGUUGUGGUUGUAGAGUCGGUCAACCGUAGCAGUAGUAGCAACAGUAUAAACCCUUCCGCCACGACCACCACCACAACGGGAACCAGUAACAAUCGACUGUCCAGCCCACACAUCAACUUUAGACCAACUGUACCCGAGGGGACAGAAGUAUGAUAUACACACACAUAGGUGUAUAUAUAUAUAUAUAUACACACACACAUAUAUAUAUAUAUAUAUACAUAUAUAUAUAUACAUAUACAUAUAUAU